AUCACAAAUCACACACCUGCACCUUCCCCUUCCUCCACUUUACCAACACCCGGCACUUCAGCUUGCCAUAGUCCCCUCUACAGGCCCCAGUUGUCACCGUCUCAUCCUGAUCCUGCUGCCCUCUACCCCAUUCAAUCCAUCAUCACAGCAAGACACCCUUACUACUAUGAUAACAAGAGAAAAUAUUUUAAAAUAUCAAAUACCAACCUCCGCCCACUCCCCCAAUCCACACUGUCACCCACACACCACAAAAUCCUCAAACUGGCUCGAUUUAACACCCGCUCACUCAACAACAAAGCACUCGUCUUACACGAAUUCAUAACUGACAAUAACCUGGAUUUCCUCUUUAUCACCGAAACCUGGCACAAACACCUGGACUACUUCUCACUCAACCAAGCCACCCCACCUGGUUACACCUACAUCGACAAGCCCCGCCUCACCGGCCGAGGUGGUGGGGUGGCAUUAGUCCAUAAAAUAGAGUUUAAAAUCAGCACUAUUUCCACCUCACCCACUGAGUCCUUUGAACACAUCACCUUCAAAUUCCCUGGUCCCGCCCCCCUGGUCAUUGCUGUCAUUUACCGUCCCCCAAAAUCAACCCAUCAUUUUUUAUCAGACUUCUCAGAUUUUGUCACACAGCUUUCACCUAUCUCACCUUUCACUCUGCUCCUUGGCGACUUUAACUUCCACAUCGACAACACCAACUGCAAACAUGCCUCUGAAUUUCUUGACCUUUUGGACUGCCUUAACUUCACUCAACAUGUCAACUUCCCCACCCACACCCACGGUCACACUCUGGAUUUGGUCUAUUCCACCAGUCUCACCAUUGAAAAACUCUCUAGCACCAACCUUAACAUUUCCGAUUCACCUGGCUAUCACUAUGGACCUCCACCUCCCUACCCCUGCUUUCCCACCAUCUCCCACCUCGUCAUGAACAUUGUCAACUCCUCCCUCAACUUUGCCUAUGUCCCCUCCUCACUCAAACUGGCUGCCGUAACCCCCAUCAUCAAAAAACCCGGACUCAACCCUGACAUCAUGAGCAACUUUCGACCCAUCUCCAACCUCCCCUUUCUGUCUAAAGUCAUAGAACGUGCCGUCACAUCUCAAAUUAAAACCUACCUAAACAACAACCAACUUUUUGAACAAUUUCAAUCUGGAUUCCGCACACAACACAGCACUGAAACAGCCCUCCUUAAAAUCACCAAUGACCUCCUCCUCGCCUCUGACUCCGGCCUACUCUCCAUCCUCAUCCUUCUUGACCUUACAGAUGCCUUUGAAACCAUCAACCAUUCCAUCCUACUCUCUCGCCUACAAUCCCUAAACAUCACCGACAAAGCCCUUACCUGGCUACACUCAUAUCUCACAGACAGGAAACAAUUCAUACACAUAAACAACUGCUCUUCCUACACUGCUCCACUGUCCCAAGGUGUCCCCCAUGGUUCUGUGCUUAGUCCUCUUCUCUUCAUUCUCUAUCUUUUACCCCUCGGCCAAAUCAUACGUCAUCAUGGUCUCCAGUUCCACCGCUACGCUGAUGAUGUCCAAUUGUACAAAUCCACCAAAUCAUUUACCCCAACAAUCCACUCCACCCUGUCUAACUGUCUUUCAGAUUUCAAAUCCUGGUUGCAAACAAACUUUCUCACUCUUAACUGUACUAAAUCUCAACUGCUUGUAAUCGGUCCUCGGUCCCUCACCCAAACAACCACCAACUUUACCCUCACUAUAGAUAACUUCACCCAGUCCCCCUCCUCUCACUGUCGCAACCUCGGUGUCCUUUUUGAUAAUAACCUCUCUUUCGAUCAACACAUCGCCCAAACCACCAAAACUGCUUUCUUCCACCUCAAAAACAUUUCUGGUCUCCGCCCAUCACUUUCUUUCAACGCUGCUCAAACCCUCAUCCACGCCUUCAUCACCUCCCGCCUUGACUACUGCAAUAGCAUUCUCUAUGGUACAACCUCCAAACUCCUCAAUAAACUACAGUACAUCCAGAAUGCCACCGCCCGCCUACUCACCCACACCCGCACUCGUGAUCACAUCACCCCCGUCCUUAAAAACCUCCACUGGCUCCCCGUUCCCCAGCGUAUUCAAUUUAAACUGCUCCUACUCACCUAUAAAGCCCUUCACAAUCAGGCCCCCUCCUAUCUUUCCGACCUUCUUUACCAAUACACUCCUUCCCGCAAUCUCCGCUCCUCAAACACAAAACUCCUCGCCAUCCCUGUGACCAAGCUCAAAACCUGGGGGGACCGAGCCUUCUCUGUCGCCGCCCCCACCCUCUGGAACGCUCUACCACAACACAUCCGCAACUGUACUGACCUCCAAUCCUUCAAAUCAUCCCUAAAAACUCACCUGUUCCGCUAUGCUUUUAAUACCUUUUAAUCUUUUACCCAUUUUU